GUUUGAGGUUGAGGCUAAAUGUUUUUCAGUUUAUCCGUUCGGCACACCGUAGCUAGUUCCAUGUGAGAACAUUCGUCUUUUAAUCAUUUACUGAUAACAGUUCGUUAUUUGCAGUGUAAAAAAUUUAAUUAACUGAAGUUUUUGAGUAAAAUAAAAGAUGCCUACUUGGAAUCACAUUCAAACUCAACUGAGAAGUCCAAAUAAUCCAGUAGUUUUCUUCGACGUAUCAGUUGGAGCAACUGAAAUUGGACGAAUGAUUUUUGAACUAUUUGAAGAUGUCUGUCCAAAGACAUCAGAAAACUUUCGACAGUUCUGUACUGGUGAAUAUAGGAAAGAUGGUGUACCACAAGGCUUCAAAGGUACCAUAUUUCAUCGAGUCAUUAAAGACUUUAUGAUCCAAAGUGGAGAUUUUGUUAACGGAGAUGGUACUGGUGUCCAAAGUAUAUAUGGUGGUACUUUUCCUGAUGAAAAUUUUACUAUAAAACAUGAUUCACCUGGUUUACUUUCGAUGGCAAAUAGUGGUAAAGAUACCAAUGGAUGUCAGUUUUUUAUAACAUGUGCUAAAUGUAAUUUCCUUGAUGGAAAACAUGUGGUUUUUGGACGAGUUAUAGAUGGACUUUUGGUUAUGCGAAAGAUAGAAAACGUUCCAACAGGACCGAAUAAUAAACCUAAAAUAUCCGUGACAAUAUCACAAUGUGGACAAAUGUAAUUUUAAUUUCUAUAAUUGUAAAAUUCGUUGAAUGAGGUUUUUAUAAAUGACAUAUGAUGUGAUUUGAUGCUAAUGACUUUAUUGUAUAUAACAUUAGGCUCGAUGUCACAUGCUGAGAUCUCUGUACCUAUGUACAUAAUGCCGUGUUUAAAAUAAUAGUUGAAAUUUUAGUUUUAUAAAUUAGGAUAAAAGAGCUUGAUUCAUUUACAAAUUUCUUUGGUUAGAAUUUUACAAAAUUUACAAAUUUAUAUACAGGUUAAUUUAAAUAGGCAGUCUAAUUAAAUAUUGCAUGUUCAAACACUUUCAAACUUUAUAAUAUUAGUUUUAAGUAAAAUUUAUUGUAUUUUCUGCAGUUUUCAUUUCACAUAAUACAGACAAUAUUCAUAUCUUUAACUAAAAUGCGUGCUAAUUUAAUUUCAUUAAAUAUUGUUGUAGUUUAAAUAAAAUAAUUUUUCAUUUGUGCUAUAGCAAUUUUACUGACAAUGCAAAUG